UGCACCGGGAAUAAUAGGUAAUUUCGUAGAAAUUACUUAAAAUACAAGAUAGAAACAAAUUAUGAGGAAUAUUGUUGUGUUCAAAUGAUGAAGUGGGGACAAUUGGGUCCUGCUGUGGGAAUCCGAGUGAGGUAACUGUCACACACGACACGUUUGCUUCCACCAACCUAACAAUCUCUACACAUCGGCACUUUUCGUCACCCUCUUCCUUCCUUUCGUCGCCGGCGAUGGCAUGGUUUCAAUCAUCAAAUAGGAAAGUCCAGUUACCGGCCCAAGCCCAAACCCCGCCUGUCCUUGACAAAGACGAACGGAUCGCUAAGGACGAUGCAGAUGCUGAAAGUUUGAAGCGGGCGCCCACUGAUAGCAAUGUCACGGAAGAUCAAAAUCGAGAUCCUUUCAUGGGAGUAAAGGUACGGAGAAAAGCUUCGUUUCAUAGAAAUUACAUCGGCGAUUACCUUGACGUGCCUUCUCGACCCUAUCUCAUGAAGAUUCUAGAAAAACAAGGUGACAAGAAAGUCCUCUUUGCAGACAAAGUUUUGAAGUUCACAAGUACAGGAAAGAUGAAGAGGCGCAUUUUUCUUGUAACUGACUUUGCCGUUUACAUUGUGGAUCCAAACAUUGAUGCACUUAAAAGGCGGAUUUCCCUGGCAGCUGUUGAAAAGCUCUGUUUGAGUGAACUAAGUGAUAAUUUCUUAGCAAUUAUUAUACCAACUGAAUAUGAUCUACUGAUAGCCAGUACUCGGAAGACGGAAAUUGUAUCUGUCUUAGUAGAUGCUACCAGGAGUCAAUCCGACUACGAACUUGAGGUGCUACUCUCUAAUAGAUUUGAGUACAAUGCAACUUCCGAACUAGUAAAAGAAAUUGACUUUGAGGAAACUGAAGUUGGGAGAUAUCUUUUAAUCCCAGAGGGUGCGAGAACAAGAAUUGUGCGGAAGGGAGUUGCACCUUUAGUGUAGCAGUGCGACAACAUGAACUGCUAGCAUACCGCCUUGACAUUCCAAGGAGGAAUCACUCGGUAUAUAAUUCAUGUAUAAAGGGUACUGGCAGAUAACUUUGUCGAUAGAGCAGAGAAAUUUAAGUUGCCAAGAAUGGCGGAGGCAAAGAUGAUGCAGAGGGGAAGCAAUAACAAGUAUUCAGGUAACAAAGAACAUUAGUUUCUUUAUGGCAUAACACACUGUAAUCCGAAUACCUAGAGAGGAUGUAUCAGCAAAAGCAGUUUCAGAAAAAGCACAUAAGUGCCUCAACAGGAUAUCGGUUAGAGAAUCUCCCAAAUAAGAGUUAUUAUUGUACUUUUACAUACAAUCGAGAUAUAAUUGUAUUUUUACAUAUUAUAAAAGCUUUCCAUAUAUUGCAUCUUUUAUUGUUGCUUUA